AUGUUCAAGCCUAGGGAACUAGAGUUUCCCACGAUGAUAGAAAUACGAAAAUUGUUCCCCAGUCUGGGAAAAAGCUGGAUGACCGGGCAUUCCGGAGAGGCAUAUACCGAAGAAAGUGCGCCCGGGGGGACAAAGAGCCGGCCGGCAACUCACUCGAUUGGCGGCUUUUGCUCCGCCGCUUUUUCUCGUAACUCCAUUAGCCAGGACGGCGGGGCGGGCGCGUCGCGGCUCGAUGAAGCAUCCGCCGUCGAGUCGCCUCCUCUUUUUCCGCCCCUUGGCCGAAUACUCGAUUUCUCUGUUUUCUCACGGCUGCUCCCAGUCACAUAG